AUGUACAUUGCAGAGACGCUUCCAACUUCAACCAGAGCCAAGGGUACAGCUAUUGGCAAUUUCUCUUCAUCGGUCGCGAGCACUAUCAUUCAAUACAGCUUUGGACCAGCAUUCGAGAACAUUCACUACUACUUUUACCUCGUGUUCGUCUUCUGGGAUUUGGUCGAAGCGGCGGUCAUUUACUUCUACUUCCCAGAAACUAAGGACAGAACAUUGGAGGAAUUGGCUGAAGUGUUUGAGGCUCCAAAUCCAGUUCAAAGGAGUUUGGAAAAGAGAAACGCAACUACUGUUCUCAGGACACUCAGAGUUGAUACAACGAUUGCGAAAGGCGAAGUUUAA